AAGAAAGACAACUUAGUGUUUCCGGUUCGGUGGCCAUCACGUUCCUGUCUUUGCAGCGGCUUGAUCCUUGACAAGCAUUGAGAGAUGUCUGGGCGACGUGUUGCUGUAAAGGCCAUUGACUGGCUGGCCUUCGCUGAAAGGGUUCCUCCUAACCAGAAAACGAUGUUCAACAACCUGAAGACUCGCAGCGAUGCCAUUGCUGCCAAACUUGCCUCACUGCCAGAGAAUCCGGCCCCCAUUGACUGGAACCAUUACAGGAAGGUGGUAGCUAAACCAGGAAUGGUGGAUGAGUUUGAGAAGAAGUUUGCUGCUUUGACAGUUCCUAAGCCAGUGGACACUCAGACAGCUAAGAUUAACGACCAAGAGCAGGAGGCUAACAUAAAUGCUGCAGCCUAUAUUAAGGCAUCCAUGGGUCGCAUUGCUCAGUAUGAAAACGAGCUUGAGAAGUUCAAGAACAUGGUUCCUUUUGACCAGAUGACCAUUGAAGACCUGAAUGAAGCUUUUCCUGAGACCAAGCUGGACAAAGCAAAACAUCCAUAUUGGCCACACAAGCCUAUUUCUGAACUGUAAUUUAGUAAAUAUGAGCUGUUUAACUUAAUAAAACGUCAAUUACUCAAUUAAAUUGUUUGGUUCAGUCUGUUAAAAAUUUAAUGAAAACAUGUGAGUGGUUCAGUGUUGUUCUGUAUCUGGCUAAACAUGAAAUAAAUAGUUUUUCCUGUG